GCGAAUCGUCAGCUCAGUCGAGUCGCCUGGUUUCGAUCCACCGAUGCGAGACUCGGACCAUAACAGCUCGCUGAGACCGACGCUUCCUAGUGUCCCCAUUGGAUGAUUUUUCAUGUUCUCAUUCCUUGUUCGAUGUUCGUAGUAUCGGUGCGUAGAAUACUCAGUCGUCUUUUCUUUAAACGACGAUGAGGGUCGCAAUAGGUGUCCUGUGAACACGGUGCACCACUGUAACCCAGUAUUUAACCCGACCCUGAAGUGAUACCCUCGGUAUUGAAAGUGAUAGGUGUCUCUCACAAAAAGGAUCUUGCCAACAAGACCGUUCCGCUUCACCAUGCGAAUUGAAGAGACCAGAUGAUCAUUUGUCGCUGGCGCACCUAGAAAGGAAAAAACGAUGCAUCUAAUUCUGCUCUGGGCAUUGGUCGGCCUAAUUGGCCAAGUGCACUGUAAAUGCAGCAUAGUACCGAUCGCGGACAACGAACGGUCGGUCGCCUACGCGUGCACACACGGCGACCUGAACGACCUCGAAGAGAUCUCUAGUGAGGCGGAAUGGAUAGAGUUCACGGUAUCGCGGUUCCAUUACAUUCCGGACUACGCGUUCUGGCGGUUCAAGAAUCUCCGAAGACUCUCCUUCUACAAUUGUCAUGUGAACUUCAUCGCCCCGGACGCAUUCGCCGGUGCGGAGAACCGCAUGGAAUGGCUGAUAUUCCAUGGAACCAAGAUCCAUGUGGCUAGGACUCCGUGGUUCCGCCACCUGACCAACUUAAGAAAGCUGGUCCUAGACAGAUGCGGUUUGGUGCACAUCGAACCUGAUGUCUUCCGGAUGUUGCCGCACCUCGAAACUUUGGGACUGCGCGAUAACGAUCUAGAUUGCUUGGCGACAGAGGAUCUAUCCUACCUGCGAUCUUUGAAGAGCAUCCGCAUCGAUGGGAACCCAUGGCUUUGCGAGUGCCGACAGAGAUUGGAUAGAUAUUUCCGCGAGAGGUCCAUUAGGUUGGAGGCAGAUUGUUCCAGAGAAGUCCACCUGUGCAAGAGAUAUCAGUGCAUGACUCAAAUAGAGUUCCCUGUAGUGCCAGUUACCUUCACGACUCACGAUAUGAAUAAUUACAAUCGUUUAAGGGAUUGGACAUCGAUACGUGGCAGCGAAUUUCAGACGAACGUUUUCACGUCGUUGGACCGUCUUCCGGAUAAGACCAGCUGGAUCGAGAUUUCCGGACUGACGAUCGAGAAGCUACCUCGUUAUGGGUUCUUCCGGUUUGGAAAUAGCCUGAGGAGUUUGGAUCUUAACGACUGUCGUAUCCGUGAGAUCGAAAGCGAAGCGUUCGCUGGGUUGCACAGGUUGGAACGACUCUCGCUGGUCGGCAACCAUUUUCGGAUGGUUGGCGUCGACUGGUUCCGUGAUCUCCUUAACCUGCAACAAUUGAUCCUACAAAAGAACGAGAUCGAGCAGAUCGAUAGGACUGCGCUGUGGCGUGUUGGCAAUAGUUUGAGACACCUCGAUCUCCGAAACAAUAGAUUACGUUGCAUCGCUAUCGAAGAGUUGGCUGAAUUGAAGAAACUCGAACGCUUCGAUGCGACCGGAAACCCAUGGUUGUGCAACUGCCGCGGGAACCUCCAAAGUUUCCUGACGCUGCAGACUAUUGGAUUCGAGAUCGAUGCGGGUCGAUGUUACGAGAACGAGAAUGAUAUUUCGGAAGCUGCCGGUGGAUGGCGCCAACCUCAGCCCACCACUCCAGAGACUUCGGUUACCGCUGGAAGAGUUCACUGGACCUCUUUCGAGGAGAGUGUCAACCGAUCGCGCUUAAUAAUCGCUAGGCCCCGACCGCCUCCACCAGCGACGGAAAUUCCUGUCGUUACACCUCCGUCAGUUGUUUAUACCGGACGAUGCUACCCCGAGAAAAGCAACGAUCAAUCCAGUACGAUCUACACCUGUCGAGCUAUCACCUCGAUAGAAGAGCUGUACGCGAUACCGGAAACGGUCCGCUCGAUUCGCGUGAUAUUAUCCAAGAUCAAAAAGAUUCCCGGCGAUGCUUUCAAUCGUUUCAACGGUCAUCUAUCGAAGCUCGAACUACGCGAUUGCGGUAUCGAGGAGAUCGAUGUUCGGGCUUUCCACGAGCUCUACAACCUGGAAUAUUUGUCGCUGAAAAACAAUCAACUCGAAGCCGUCGACGAAAACUUGUUGCGGAGCCUUUGGAAUCUCAAACACCUCGAUCUUUCGCACAACAACAUCUAUAGAAUAGAAAACGGCGCGUUCGACAACAUACCGUAUCUGGCCAGUUUGGACGUAUCUGAAAACUCGAUGAACUGUUUCGGCGUCGAGUACAUGGCGGAACGGUUGCGAUACCUGUCCUCAUUGAACGUCGCGAACAAUCCCUGGACUUGUCUGUGCGGGACCAAAUUGGCGAAAUUCCUGGAUGCUCGUCGGAUCCGUUACGACAAACAUUCGUUGCUGUUGAAGGAGGACUGUUACGCAACGGAUCUUCCCGCCAUAACCACUACACCGCCGCCAGUGACCUCUACCCCGAUCCCUUGGAACGAGACCACAGAAACAACCUGCGUUAUCGUCGACGAUAACGCAGGAAUCCGUUACCGAUGUAUCGGCGCGAACCUGCAGAUGUUACAGGCCUUGCCGGCGGAUGUCACCGCGAUCGAAUUUCACGAGGGUCAUCUGACCCGACUGCCGGCGGGAUGCUUCUCGAAGUUUCAAAAUCUUCGAGAACUCGUGAUAACGAACUCCGGCCUGACCACUAUCGAACAAGGCGCGUUCGACGGCGCGAACAGGCUGCAGAACAUAACGAUUCAGGAUAAUCCGUUGGAAAUGAUCGAAUCUUCUUCGUUCCCGCUCGAGAAUCUCCAGAGGUUGGAUCUACGCGGCAAUUUGAUUAAAUAUAUCGCACCGAACGCAUUCCGCCAGUUGACUCGGCUCGAAUAUUUAAAUUUGGAAGGGAACGAUUUGAAGUGUAUAUUCACUAGCGAUUUAAACGAAUUACCCGAGGUCUACAUCGUAGAGUUCGCCGGGAAUCCUCUGAAAUGGAGAUGUAGAGUGGAGUUGGAACAGUUUCUGGAGGCUCGGAAGAUUCGUUUUGUUAGAAUCGAGAAUUCCUGCGAAGGAAAGAAACUGGUUAGGAAUCUCCUGCUGCAGAACAAGACCGAUGGCUCGUUCGUUUGUUCAUCCGAUUGUUCGCCAGCUAAUCAGGCUCUGUUCCAUAAUCUCCUCAUUCCCUUCUUCGUUUUAUCACUAAUGGCGGUACGGUUCUAUUGAUCAUACGACCAACCGUCGUAACUUAAUCACAAAUACAAUAAUAUACACGUGUGUUCAUCGAUAUCUUUUUUAUAUUUAUUGGAUACUUACGUAAACUAGCGUGCCAUUUAGGUAGAGCGUGGCUUUAGUAAUGCACAUAACGAAGUCGCUGAUUCGACAGGAACCGUUGUGGUUCUGGUAUGUGUCGUGAAACAAAAUUUUGCAUUGCUAUCUGUCCCAUGUGAAUAACUUUAAUAUUCGGCUGUGUAAUUGUCUCGAAUCGCUCUUGAAUAAUUGUGAUUUAUAGAAACUGCGUAAAUAAAAGAUAGCAUAAGUAAA